AUGCCAUUAGCCCCAGUAGACGACAAGGGAACGCACCUAUGGUACGAGGAUAGCGGUAUACCAUGGGCCUGUCCGAAUUACACGACUCUUGUGCUCCUACACGGUGGUGUCUUCCACGGCGCGAUCUUCAAGCCCAUGAUUCCUUACGCACUGCAACGUGGCAUACGUCUUGUCAUGGUGAACUUACGCGACUACCCCGGGUCGACUUCAUAUUCCUGGGCCGAGCUGUGUGCACUAAGGAGCACGAAGCUAGAAACGCAACGAUCAAUCCUGCAACAGCGCGGAUUGGAGAUCGCCACAUUCCUACGCUGGUACAUCCUGAACGAAAAUAUUCCUGUAGCACCCAGUCCUCAGGUAGACCACAACACUUGCGGAGGCGGACUGGCUCUCCUUGCCUGGUCAUGGGGGGUCGCUAUAGCGAUGGCAUUCCUGGCACAGGCAGCGACACUCCCGCAGCAAGACAAGUGGAGGCUGGGUUCGUACUUAAAAAGCAUCAUUUUCCUGGAUGGUAGUUGCCAUGCGCUGGGCGUACCGAUGCAAGCCGUGGCGGGGUUGUACCAUCCACUCCUCGACACGCGGAUCUUAGCAAAGGACAAAGGCCGCGCAUUCCAACGCUGGGUGACAGCAUAUUACGCGCAUCGAAUCCCGGAAAUCAUAACGUUCCCUUUUGCGACGCUAGAAGAAGUGCGCGCGGGUCUUGUCCAAUAUCCCAGUACAGAUUCGUCUUCGGAGCACAUGGACAGCGCCGACCGUGUGUUGUAUCAAGAGCACGACGAAGUCACUGAUUCAGGGGUAGCCGAGCGAUCCCAGUUGCUGCAUAUGAACUUCGGCGAAGCGGUGCACAGGGAGAUGGUGCAGUUGGGUAUGUGCGACGCGUCAACUUGGCCACAUCUGCAGACGAAGCUCGUCUGGUGCGACAAGUCCGUUGCAGAGGUAGAAGUGGAAUUCAUCCGAUACCGGGGCGCAAACCAUAUGCCGCACUGGAACGAGCCUGAGAGGACGAUGACGCUGUUGGCCAAGCUCAUACGGUGAUGCACAACGUAUAGAGUGUAGAGCUCCAACGGGGCAGAAUGGCUAGACUCUCAGAACCUAUGCCGCGAUGUCCCGUCUCACUCACUCACAAAACGCAAUUGCUGCACAGAAAGAGCGAGGCGUAGUGUUGAGGAUAGCGAAUGGUGAUGCACUUGGCCAGACA